AUGACGUUUAUGCUCGAGGAUGUCAGAACCGCUAGCUCUACGCUCUGUAAGGCGUUGGACCACUACGUCAGCACCUGUUCCAAGCUAUGCGAUUACCAUCUCCAGGAAUGUGCUGCCGAUAAGACCGAUGAGCUCUUAAACACUGUGGCUAACGAGAUCCGGCUUGUCAUCUCGUAUGAAGAAAAGCUCAAGAAGUCCAAGUCUUCUAUCAACGUAAUAAGAAAUAGCUCUCCUAGCGCUGUGCCUAUCAGUACACUUCCUCCAGAAGUGUUAAUGCGGAUAUUCCAGAUCGUUGCCGAUGACCAGCCCGAGAUACUCGAUACGACAAAUACCCCAUUCAAGCUCUCGCUAACAUUUCCAAAGUAUCCUGAAACGUUGUCGCACGUAUGCAAAAGAUGGCGCCAGACUGCACUUGCUUCCCACUCUCUUUGGACCCAAAUUGAUCUGGUCCUGCAUCAUCCACUUGGCCCAGGGUUUCUUUCGCGCGCAAAGGCCCAUCUCAAGCGGGCAGGACAACUACCAUUAGAUAUUUGCAUGAUCGACCCAACUUUGGGAAAAGAUUAUCUUCCAUAUGGCAAACCGUACGACUUUGAUGACUAUGAUUUCCUCAUCUUUACCGAGACACCAAUGCGUAGUUUGGGUUUAAUUUCCUACCAUGGGCUACAUUCCGAACAUUGUGGAUUUAUUGAAUACUGCAUCACAAACUGUGCGCGGAGAACUCUAGAGAAACUUAUUAUAAAUGAUGCAACCGGACGUGGUGGCCCAUAUCGUUUUAUUGAAUCAGCGGACAGGUUUCAUGACCCUAAAACGCUGCAGAUCGAAUUAUCUGAACAAAUGCUUGAAUGUUUCUGGAAUUCGGCCUCUAUUCUACGCUUAUCUACACUAUAUCCUUAUUGGACAAGCCAAGCAUACCAUCGCUUGACGGACCUCCGCCUUGACUUGCGCGCUUUGCACCUUCACCUGGACCUCACAGAAUCGUUCCCCGAGAAUGUCCCGAUUGAAACAAUCCAACUUGAGGAACUCGAGUCAUUGAAUCUGAGUGCCAUCGUAGUAGAUAUCAAUCCUUCCCAGAUCCUCAGGUUCAUUGCCCCCGGCCGGAAGCCACUGCAACUUUCAAUCUCCGAAGAACCUACAGAUGUGGUCGAACAAUUCCUGAAGCGCGCUAAUGUCACUCAACUUCGUAUGAUAACUUGGGGAAAUUACCCACCUUUCAAGCUACUAAACCUCUGCCCUAACAUUCAGAUUCUGGUUUUGGACGUGUGGGGAAAUAUGAAUAGUGUAAACUUCCAAACCGUUCCGGAGCGAGGAGGCGAGCGUGACUCGGAUACACCUGUAAACGUCCGUUCGUUAUACAUCUUACGUUGCGAAGGCAUAGGGAUGAUCGAUCUUCAAAAUUUGGUCCAAAACCACUCGGUGCAGGAGCUCACGCUCUGGGAGACGUAUCCAAAAGUUGGUGCAGAUUCCAAAAGGAAUGCAUACAAACCUGAGGUUUGCGCGCUUUGUCCCGUUGUGAAUUACCUGACAAGAAAAGAAAAGAGUCCGGUAGAUAAUUGGGACCGUUUUUAA